AUGUAUCACAAAGGGAGGAACAUUACUGGUCAAAACAAACCCCGGAUGACAUUCUUGCCCGAAGCACACAGUGUCCUCUGGCAUUAUUGGAAUUCUCAAAUCAGGCCGGUUGCAGUUUUCUUCCUCCAGGUGCUAGGCCUUGUUGAUCGUGCAAAGGAGAUGGCUACAUGGGUUUGGGUUAGCAGCAGAAAAGGUGUUUUGGAUACUGAGGACUUUAGCAAUAUCCUCAAAAGGCGCUUCCAUGAGGGUGGGGUGGAACCACUUGGGGUUCGCGAGUGGCGUCAAGCAUCAGUAGCCAUUGUGGAUGCGCACAUCAAGAUUGAUCAUUCUGUGGGAGAGAAUACAAUGUUUGAAAAACAGCAAGGUCACAGCAGGAACACUGCAAACAUGCGUUACGCUGGUUGUGGUGGCUAUGACAUUGAUUGUGACUCUGAAACAAAGUUCCGGUUAGUCAGUCAUGCCAUGCAUAGAUUUUGGAAUAUUGAUAGUGUGCGCACAACUGAAUUUGUCCCACUAGUGCUUGAGGAUCAGCUGACCGGGGCAGAACUGGCCAAAAAGGCUCUGAAGUUGUAUACAGAAGAUGAAGAUGCAGAAUUUAGGACAACUUUUCAAGCACGCUGGGUUAAGGGUGUAUUUGACAGACGGGAAGACUACUUGAUUGUAGCUUGUACUGGGGGUGGUAAAUCAUUGGCAUACACUCUACCUCCUUUAGUGGAAACUUCCGGCACUACAGUUAUCAUCCAACCACUAUGUGCUCUUGUGUCUGAAACGGCUUUGGAGCUUGAACGUAUGAAAGUGGAUCACAUUGUCUAUCAGCCUGGAAUGGAGAUUGAUGAUUGGAACAGGGUAGUUGUUUGUACCACUGAAGCAGCUUCCACCCCAGCCUUUCGACAUCAGCUCAAAAAACUGGCCAAAAUCAACCGAUUUAUUAUUGAUGAAGCCCACUGCUACUUGGACGACAUUGGUUUCCGUGCCUACGCUACUGGGGUAGCCAAACUUCGAUGUUUCAAUGCACCUUUUAUUCUGAUGACUGCAACCCUGCAACCCGAUCAUGAGCAAACACUGCUAAACCUUUUCUCAAUUCAAAAUUAUGUACCUGAGCGUGAAAUUACAGCCCGGAAAGAACUUCAGUUUGUCAUACAUCCCGUAACUCGAGACUUGGACUUCAUCACAGAUCAAGUAGCUCUGAACGUUACAGAAAGCUCUCUGGUCAACAGAGAUCGAAGUAUUAUAUUUAUUGAAAACAUCUCAAAAUGUGAAUUGGUGAUGGCCCGGCUGGAAGACAAGGGUAUACCAGUAACCAUCUACAACUCAAAGCUCACAUCUGAAAGUCAAAAGGAACAGGCAGCACUAUGGCGUUCAACACCCAAGUGUGUAAUGGUUGCUACGAGUGGGUUUGGGGCUGGAAUAAACUUCAAGCAUGUUCGACAUGUGUUUUUGAUUGGAAUGCCGAGGGAUGAUGAAGUCAACAAAUCGUUUCAGGAGGCAGGGCGCGCUGGACGUGAUGAGGCGCCAGCCACAGUCUGGUUGUUUCCUACUUCAAAGCCAGCCAAAGGAAGUUUUGCACACAAACUAAUGGAUAAGACACUGUGCAUUCCGGGUGUGUACGCAAAAUUGCUUGAUGGAAAGCAUCUCAAAUGCUACACGUUUGACGCCUUCAACCCUUGCACUCAUUGUGAUGGACAACAUUUCUCCGAACAUGACAACCUGCCUUCUGAGCCACCUUCAGGCGAGCCACUGCCUGGUGCCAUGGUAGAAUAUUCUAGCAACGUGAAGAAAUCUUGGGAUCAUCAAGCACGGGUGAAGGAUUUGGCUCUUGCCAUCAGCAAAGUACGCAAAAGCCUCAAGAAGACGUGUGGUUGGUGUUUAGCCAAAAACAUACAAGAAAAGCAUCCACCUCAUAGGUGCCCACAACUGGCCAACAAGAAUUGUUGCCGAUGCUCUGAGAGUGGACAUACAAUUUAUACUUGCAAGCGAUCAUUGCUGUCAAAUGUGAUGGAGAAAAAUGGAACACAUGAUCUGUUUAUGUGCCCCAGGUGUGGCUUGGCCAAGCAGUACAAAACUGAACCCUUUCACAUCAAUGGUUACGACAAGGCUACCCAAAAAUGUGAUAGUGGCCUUCAGGAUGUUUGUCAGUGGUAUGUCUGGUAUCACUGGAGGUACAAGAAGCAACAAAUUGAGGAUGUCAUCGCCUGUCUCACAUUCAACGUCAAGAAGGUCCCCACAACUAUCUCAACCAAGGAGGCAACCACUGAACAGUUCAUCCAGUGGCAAGGCAGCAAUGGGUUUUUGGGAUGUCCUUGGGCCAAUGUAGUCACAUUGUUUUUGCUUCUCAGCAAACCUGACCUCAAGAAAUGGUUGUAA